ACACACACACGCACACACACGCACGCACGUCCACGCUCACGACAUACGCUCGGCGCAUCGGCGCGGACACACAACAGAAGGAGGGACGGAGGGAGAUGAUUGUUGCGCCGCGCUGUGUGGAUGUGACGUGGAGACACUGAAGGACAACGUUUGAGGUGGGCAGGACGCAGUGAUGUCCAGAGACACAAAAUCCGCCUCGAGGUCCCGCAGCCGGUCGAGGUCCCGGAGCCGCACCAGGUCCCGAUCCAGGUCCCGCUCCACCUCUCGCUCCAGAAGUCGCUCCAGAUCCCGCUCCAGGAAGCGUCACCACCGCUCUAGGUCUCGGUCGUGGUCCAGGUCUCAUUCUCCGUCUCAUAGCCGGGAGAAGAAGUAUCCCAGGGGGUACCACAACGGCCGCGAGUUCCGGGGAUACCACCGCGGCUUCCGGAGGCCGUACAACUUCAGGGGCCGAGGGCGGGGCUUCUUCCCGCGCGGACGCUACCAGCGUGGCGGCUACAACAACAACAACAACAACGGCAACAACAACCACAACUUCCGCCCCAACUGGAAGAAUUACAAGCAGUACCCCGAGAAACCACAGCAGCAGCAGAGCCAGCCACGAGGACGGCCUCACAAUCCCCAGGGGCGCUCGGGAACCCCCCCGCGGGGGCCCGCCAACCACUCCGACCGAUCCCCCUCGCCGUUGUCCAGGCACUCCCAGCACUCCUCCUCCUCCUCGCACUCCUCCUCUCCCAAAUGGAAGCCGACCUUACUGCUGACUAACCAGAGCGACAAAGAGGAGAAAGAGGCGCUCUGUGCCCCCGGGGAGGUUCCAAAGGGAGCAGGAGGAGACGCAGGGGGAGGGGGAGGCGGAGGCGAGGAGCCAGCGGAGCUCGCCGGGCCGGCGGGAGAAGCCAAAGAAGGGAACUGCACCGGCAGUCCAAAGGGAGCGAGUCCCGGGGCGAGCUGUGCUGCUGUCGUUGGUCCGAACAGCCAAACGACGAGGCAGUCCAGCCCUUCCCCUAAAAUCACAAAUGACAUCGGCAACGGCGCCCCCUCCUGGAAAAUGGCGUGUAGUAGUUCACCCUCGACCAAAAAGAAACUACACGAAGGUCUAAAUCCGAUGCUUUCAAGCUACGACUUCUUCUCCAACGAGGAGUUCCUGGAUGGAGAUAAAACAGCGAUAUCCGUGGCCUUCAGAGAGUUUUUGGAGGAGCAAAAAAAAAAAAAAGCUAAAGCUUUUGAAAAUGGCAAGAACACCGAAGCAAAUGACGUGGACAUGGAGCAAGGGAGAAUGAAGGGCAAACCAUCCACGAUCACCUCUGACUCGAGAAGGUUUAGAGAGGACACCGACGGCGAGGUGUCCCUGAGGAGCUUUUUGAAAGCUUCUCCUUUUCUGUCCGCUGACGGGGAGGAAGACGGGGAGGCGGUGAUCAAGCCUCACCCGAAGCCGCCUCACAGAGACUGGCACAGCGGGGACGAGUCCUUCAAGGCGAAGAUCAAGGUCCCCCGGUCAGCCGGGGGGGUCUUUGACGAACGCCCCGGUAAGUGGCAGAAUGUGACCUUCUCGCGGGUGGUCGACCGCGACGCCGACCCCGCAGACCACGCUCACCUCACUCGAAAGCAGGGGAAGGCAGCGACCGCCCUCGCCAGGAGGGAGGUGGCGGGAAAAUGUGAGAGGUUGUCCCCGGACGUGGGUGGCAAGGCCAGGAAGACGGCAAAAUCUCCCUCCAUCCCGUCCUCUACGCCACCGCCAAGGAGGAGCUCCGACCGAGAGCUAUGGGGGGAGGACUCACACUUCACGUCGUCAAGGAAGCAAGAAAUCAAAUUGAACGUCAGGAUGGACCUCCUUGGAGAUAGCCUGAUGAGGUCUUCAGAUAUUUUAGCUGAGGAGCGACAGCUGUCUCAAGAUCUUGUGCAGUCCUCAAAAAAAGAUCAGGAGUUUCGCUCGAUCUUCCAACAUGUUCAAGCUGCUCCGUUGCAGAAAAGUCCCUCCGAGCUGUUUGCUCAACACAUCGUCACCAUCGUCCACCAUGUUAAAGCUCAGCACUUUCCAUCCUCCGGAAUGACGUUAAACGAGCGGUUCACCGUGUACCAGAGACGAGCCGCCGAGAAGGAAAUGGCCAAGCCAAGAAAAAGCCCAGAGAUUCACAGGAGAAUUGACGUUUCGCCGAGAGCUUUUCAGAAACACUCUCAACUUUUUGAGGCGAUGAAAAACUCAGAGGAUGGCACUUACAAGGACGGCGGGGAAAAAAUAACCGGCGAUCCGAUGGACCUUCGCUUGGAUAUCGAGCGCCGUAAAAAAUGCUCCGUCCACGACAGAGAUUCCAAUCAGGAUCUGGGAGGAGAUGUGGGAGAUUCCCCAGAUUCCAGCAGGGACGGAUCCUCGGAAAAGCUGUCCAAAACGAGCGAAAGGUCAAAGAAAAGUCAGAAGAAGCGCCCACGCUCAAGCUCCUCCUCGUCUUCCUCGUCCUCCAAGUCCCAGAGGGAAGACUCGUCUGAUCCCAAAGGUCACGGCUGCGACCGGGCCCAACCGGGUCAGACGGAGCCGACGGGGCCGGCGGAGCGGGGAAGGCCGCCUGCAGGAUUUCAGGUUCGUAUUCGUGGGCGGAGCUGGAACGGAGGCAGUUACCAGGGCAACUCUUCACAAAGAAACGCCAUGACAGGCGCGGCGCCGCAGCCCACAGACGAGGACUGGGACGCAGAUCACACCGAGAGGAGAAGGAAAUACUUCUUGCACGACGACAGGGAACGGGGGGCCGAGGGGAAGGCGGCGGCGGCGGACAGCCGGGGACGGGGAAGCCUCCCGCGAGGCAGGGCGCAAUUCAUCGUCCGCAGCGGCGGCGGCGGCGGCGCCCCCCCCAAGUGGGCCGACGACAAGUUCCGGGUCAACGGGGAGCGUGGCGACGCGCGCCAGGAGACGCAGCGGGACCACGAGGACGGAGGGGACACUUGAGCGGGCGAAGCUGUGGAAAUCUUCGUUUUUCUCCUGCGUUACGGAAUCCGAAGCGAAGGGUUUCAUGAAUCCCAAUCGAGACUCUUUUUUUUUUUUGCCUUUAUGUCAGUGUAGGAGAUCCGCUCUCACGUGACAGGACGAUUUCCCACCUGGGGGUGGAAGUCAUGAACUAGUAGAAGCACUGUUUAAGCUAGAAUUGUUGGAUUAACAUUAAAAUGGUUUAUUGCUUUUAAUGGUUGGAUCGGGAUUUUUACGCCUUCCUCACAGGAAUUAAAAUGACUACCUAAAUUUGACAUUUUUAAGAAGCGAGAGAUAUUAAAUCAAAGAUCAAAUGAGCUUGUUCCUUUCACUCAUGCAAACGAGUCACGAGGGAAAUCACUUUAGAAGAAGCAGGCGUGUUGUUUUGAGCUGUGUCUUGAUUAGAAGGAGCACACCGUAGUCCACGCUGGUGUAAAAACAUCGCUGCUUGGCCGAUGCACCACUUUGACAAAAGACCCCGAUCUGACACGGGACCAAACUGUACGGGGUCAAAGGUCAACCUCGGCUAAAUCUAACCUAAGCUACAAUACUGACACCACAUGAGACUGUUACUACGAGGAUAACCUGUACAAUUAACGUCACAGUAGCUCUUUGCUUGAUCUUCUAAACCACUAAUCAAUGUGUAAUGUUGAUGGUGAUUAUAUAUAUUUUUGAACUGGCUAGACGCGACUGUUGUCUGCAAAUAAACGCCGUUGACUUUGAUGAGUUUUUUUAUUCGCCGUUUGCAAACUUUUCCCCCUGUAAUGUUUAAACCAGUUGUGUAACUGCAGUUGUGUUUCCAUUGUGAUAGAAGAGAGAACAUUUUGCAAUUUGUUUACACAACACGGGUUUGUAGAGCACGGGCUUCGGUGUGUUUUCAGUGCAUAUAUCUGAUCAUUCUGAGUAAUGAAUUAGGAUUAGGAUGAUCUCUGUUUGGUUAACCCGCCCACACAAUGCAUUACGUGUCCCUGUGCCUUGCUGCAGGUCCGCUGGUCUUAUUCGUGCUGCCGGCCUGCAAAUUAAGAUUCUCGUUUUAUUGUUUGAAGGUUACCUGCAGGGGAAAUAUUGCUUUUCUAAAUGGUUGUUUUUACUGUUUUCUUUUACUAGAUAAUGUAAAUUAAAGAGACACUGACAUCAA